UGAGUGCAUUGUCUGUCUGUUUGUCUUGUCUGCUGUCUAUUAGGAUAGGAUUCCGUAAUUAGUAUAUUUCUUAGUUUUUCCCUUCGUGAAAUUCUAUUUUAUUCAAUUUUGUAACAAUGGAUGAAGACGAAAUUUGUGUUCUCAGUAAUGGAGAUAACUUGGAUCAAGCAUUUCAGAUUUUGCAGAAGUUCUUGAAAAAUAAUGAGAAUGUGUUUUCGUUUCCAAGUUUGUGUGAGAAUAAUCGGCGAGUUAUACUGUGGACGGCGAUAUUCCAGCACCUUCAGAAUAAGUGCUCGAACCCCAUACAUGCUUUGUGCUUGGCUGCCAUUAGAGUGCUAAGCCGCGAUAAAUCAGAUCUAGAGAACCUAAUUUGUGAGAAAUGGGUUACUAUAUUGAUAGAGCGUGCAGGGCUGUAUAAUUUUGUGGGCAUUGAUGAGGAAGGGAUGGUGCCCAUGGAGAUGCCAGAUAAGGAUGUGGCAGUAGAGGCUCUCAAGUGUCUCUGUAACUUGGCCUUCAACAGCGAAGUCGCGCGGGCUCUGUGCGCUCAUACCAGCAUCGCUCAGGGUCUUGUUGCUCGACUCAGAGUGUACAAGGAGAUUCCUUUCAAAGACGAGAUCAUGCUGUUUGAUAUGAAACUGCUGUUCAUUCUGACUGCCCUGCGGCAUGACAUCAAGGCUAAGAUAAAGGAUGAGUUGCACGGCAUGGACUACUUGACAAGUUGUCUCAAUGAGCUCUUGCUAGAAGCACCCUCCAGUGAAGGUAUGAGUGCCAGCAGUGGCUUGGUUGAAGGGGGCCCUCACUACUUCCUAAAUGACAACCAGCAGGCGAUAGUGUGUGAGAUCUUGAAGGCGCAGUUCAACCUGAUCCUUCACUCUGGCUCCGAGGACCCGACAGAUGAGGCCGAAGAGGCGAUGUACAUGAAGUUGAUGCCCGUGUUGACAGCACUCUUGUACACUCACACCACCACGGAAGAGAAGUUGAUGGAGCUCCGCAGCAACAUUGCUAACUUGUUGACCAGUGUACCACCUAUGUUCUACCCGUACCUGACGCCCAUUCUGAAUGCAGGAGAGACUGCCCAGAAUGUGUUCGAUGGCAGGAACAUGGAUGCCUUGCAAGCCCUUGUCAAUUUACUGCAGUAUCGCUUGACUAACACUACUAACACCAAGACCCAGUACGAGAACCUGUCGCCAAUUCUGACGGUGAUGAACAAGGGUUCGCGCGGGUGCCGCGAGCAGCGCAAGUACUUGAGACAAGUAGUGUUGCCACCGCUGCGGGACGUGUCGCGUCCGCCGGAGAAAGGCAACACCUUGAGGAACCAACUGUGCCGCCUACUGACUACACCAGUGACGUCAGUGCGUGACCUCUGCGCUGAAUUUCUAUUUAUACUAUGCAAGGAGAAAGUGGGUCGCAUGGUAAAGUACACCGGUUUCGGCAACGCGGCGGGGCACCUGGCACAGAAGGGUCUCCUGGGCGGCGGGCGAGGUAACGAGUACUCGUCUAGUAGCGACGACUCGGAUACGGAAGAGUACCGCGAGGCGCAGCCGCGCAUCGACCCCGUCGUGGGCUGCACGCGCCCGCCGCGCGUCGACCCCUUCGAGGGCAUGACGGAUGAACAGAAAGAAUACGAAGCGAUGAAGCUGGUGAAUCUGUUCGACAAGAUGGUGUCUGAAGGCAUCGUGAAGCCGGCGCGCGUCGGCGCCGACGGGAGACCGCAGCCAGUGGAGCACGUGAUGGAGCUGCGGGACCACCCGCCCAACAGGCCGCAGUCCUAGACCCUGGCAUUAAACUCAUGACCAGCAGGCCUAGCACACUACCACGCCCCGAACACUUCAUAGAAAAUACCUCGUUAUACACAGACACUACACAUUGACUUUAUCAUACGCGUGCAUCUGUGUGUGUGACUUCAGACGUCAUAUUAUGAUGAAAGACUGAAGUAAGACCGAGGGCGCGGGGGGGGGGGGGGGGGGACCUAGCUCAGCCGCUGGUGGGGUGCGGAGAGUUGCCGUUGUAUACGUAGUAUUAUUCCUUAUUCUAUGAUACUACGUACAGCGUGACGCGAUAUAAAAUAAGGUCCUUCGUACAAGCGUCAACCGGAAUAUCCGCGAAAUUUCCAAGAUGUCAAAGAAGGUAUCUUGUUGUAGUAUAUUGCUUGAAGAGCCAAGAAACAUAUUUUUUAGUAAAAAAUUUGAAAAUUAUGUCAUAUUGGCCCCGAUUCCUGCAGACACCGCCUAAUUUUAUUUUAGGUUAUAUCCGUCAUUUUCGUAUCCGUCGAAAAGGAAAGGGACGGAUGAUUCACAGCUCUUAAUUUUAGAAAGAAUGAGUAAAUUAAUGUGUCGGGUUAUUGACUGACGUAAAAUUUUUAGACGGUUGGUUUAGAUUUGUGCUUAAAAUUGACGUGUGUUCCAUAAAUUUUAUGCUUGUCGAUUACCCGUCCCUUUCCUUUUCGGCGGAUAAGAAAAGGACAGAUAUAACUUAAAAUAAAAUUAGAUGGUAUUUACAGGAAUUAGCACCAAUAUCGAUUUUCUCAUUUUUUAUAAUUCCGGUAGAGCUUAUUUUGUCGUGUCGCGUCGCACUUUACGCAGUGUGCUAUGCCUGCAGUGAUCGGAUAUUCGAAAUAAAGAAAAGCAAGAAAGUAUUUAUUAUUAGAGGACGCCACAGCACGCUCACUUUGAGGGCGCAGGUUCUAAUCAGCACAGGCCUAAACCAAUGAUUGUCGAAUUUGUUUUGGAAUUCAUGUUUGGAUCAUAAAUUAUUAUCAUGUGCUCAGCGGUGAAGGAAAACAGCGUGGGGAAACCCACAUUCCCGAGAAAUGCAUUUUCUGAGGUAUGUGACCUAACCUGUAUCGGGCUGGUAUUCCCUUCGCUGGUUGGAAAGUUACACAGGCAGUCGCUUCUGUAAAAAACCGGACGUGUCAAAUCUGUUAGGUAAUCGGACUCUGUGAAAAACGGGAUAAUGCGGGAAAUUAUGAUUUUAUAACGUCGUUACAAAGUUUAGGCAAGGAAAUACUCGAAUAUCCGAUCACUGCUCAUGGAGAUGUCGUCACGGAAUUAUUUACCCUAGCACUCUCCUAGCCUUACCGCCCGCAGCCAUUAAAAGUCGAACAAGUGACGAUUGUAGAGAGAUUCCCUGAAAUCCUACCCUUUCCCUCGCCGUACGAAAUGGAACGGACAAAACUUAAAGAAAGCUUCCAACGAUCAAGGUAUCAAUACUAAUAUUGUAAAUCGUUGUAAUUUUUUAAAUAUCUGAUUUUCAUAUGAUUUUGUCCAACAAAACCUUGCAAGACUCAGGGAUGGACUUAGUACUUUCUAAGGACGAAUUUGAUUGAGAAUCACGAUGUAACCGAAGUCGCGGGAAAAAAUUCGUUGCUGAGUUAGAUUCAUGUUUCCAUCAACAAGUGCGUAAGCGGAAAACGACAACGAUUUUGAAGUUUAUCGAUAUAAUGAAUCGGCUCUACUGUUGGAAUUUUCAUCAUAAAUCCUUUGCCAAUUAUUAUUAUUAUAAAUUUUUUUUUUAAUUAAGAUGGGUUUGCUCUUGAUUGUAAAUAGUAACAUUAUAAAGGGUGUUAGUGGCAUCGUAACGAAAUAUUUGAGGGAUGAUUCAGACUAUGAUUCUGAGUUGACUUACAGUAGAAUUUUCCGUCGCAAAUUGAGGAACUGAAAAUAAUUAAAAAUAAUUAAUAUGUUUUAUUUUUAGUUUUGUUUAAUUAAUUUAGUUUUAUUUUUUGUAUUUUGUUUGUUUAUUUCUCUAUUUAUUUCUGUAUUGUAAUUAAUUGUUUUGUUUAUGGUGUAAAUAUUUUUUUAUCAUUAAAAGAAAACACUUAAAUUUUCAUGAAUUUUCCAGGAAAUUCCACUUGAUAUUGACUUAAAAUCAUGGUCUGAAUCAUCGUUCUCAGUAUUCGUUAUGAUGUCACUAACACUAUAUCAACAGAUUGCACAGUAGGCAGGUAUUUCCAUACAAAUUCCUUUUGAGAAAAUUUUCACUUUAGCGUAUUAAAGUAUCUCAAUUGACUAAGUUGUCAAGCCGAGUAGCCUGUUAGACUAAUGCUUGAAAAAACCUAGCGUGUAUUUACUGUUAGACGAAUAAUUUUAUUCCAUUUCAUAAGGGUGGUGGCUUAAAAGUAGCUUAAAAAUACGCCUCGACUUGUGAUUUCGGUUGUAAUUGUUUUAGGAUGAUGUGUUCGCUUAACACGCUGGUCGUGGAAAACAUUGUGUGAUAAUAUUGGGGGCCGUCCAUUAAUCAUGCGAGGCUCGAGAGGG